AUGGGACAAUCCAUUGAUGCAUUGGUGCAUUGCGAUAAAAAGGAAGUGCAGUCCAAGAUUGAUCCACAAUCAAGGAAUGAUCCUAAAGUCAAAGAACUAAUUAAGAAGCUGCUGGACUGGAUCAAUCACGUUCUGACCAAUGAUGGCAUCAUUGUCAUGAACAUUGAAAAGGAUUUAUUUGACGGACAGAUUCUCCAGAAGCUGAUUGAAAAGCUAGCAGGGUCAAAGGUGUCUGUUGUCAAACAGUCAGGAGAAGAUCAGAAACAAAACCUACAAAAUAUCCUCACUGAAAUCAACCAAAUUCUAGAUGAGAGUCCUCCCAUGGUCAAGAUUAAAUGGAGUGUAGACAGUGUGUACUCUAAGGACUUGGUGGCCAUUCUUCAUCUCCUGGUUGCCUUGGCUAAUCAUUUCCAAGCUAAAAUUGGAUUGCCAGAAAACGUUUCUGUAAACCUAGUUGUUGAGACGAAGCAAUGUAGAAUGGUCAACACCAGUAUAGUAGAAGAGGUUAUCAAUCCGGUCAAUGGAUUUGCAGAAACUAGAAUUGAAAUUCAAGAUAGGGAUCAUGGCAAAGGAUUAAGUUUGGAUAGUUGCUUUAGAAAAUGCAAAGUCAAGCCUGAAAAUGAAAUGAAACCCCCCCAAAGCACUGGAUUUACCACUAACAAAAAUGCAAGAGAAAAAUCAGGGGAUUCCCAAAAUAAUACUGGAUCUAAAAGUACCAAAACUGCAACAGAAAGAGUAGGGUCCCCAGCAUCUGCAUCUAAUGUUAAAAUGGAAACAAAGAAUAAGAUAGAUGUUCUAAAAGGCGAUCAAAGUGCCUUGGAUAAAAAGGCAUGGCACUUUCCAUUGCCUUCUCCACCAUUGGCCAACAGUCAGCCUCCAACAGCCUCUACCCAGAAUUUACCGUUGUCCCGCAACAAUCAGCUAGGUCCGAUUGAAGUGAAAAACACGGAAACUAAUUCUUCAGAGAAAAAGAAGAAGAAGAAAAAGAAGAAGAAGAAAAAGACCGACGAUGAAACUGCAGACAAGAAGGUCGAAGAAACUGUAGACAAUGAAAAUGAAAACUAAUGGGAAGGGCAAAAGUUGGUGGAAAAUGAGCAGUCGUUAUUGCUCAAUUGGUUAUUUGUAGAGACCAGCAAGAAUGAUAAGACUUUCCAUCUCUGAGGGCUGCCCAGUGAUAUUUAAUUUUGUCUCCAAUUAAUGAUAUAUUACUGAAUAACUUUGUUGUGAUUUUUUUUUAUGUAUUUCAAGAGUUGAAUAAGUGCCAUAUGUAAUGAUGUUUGUUUGAUCUGUUUAUUUAUUAUUAUCUGAAUGAUUGGUGCAGAAAAACAAUUUUCCAUUCUGACUUUUUAUAUCCAAUUAUAAGUAAUGUUUGUGUUUAAGCUGUUACAGUUACUAUAAUUCUUGAUUAUUUUUUCUGCAUUUGUUUUAUCUAGUUCUAAUGAUUUAGCAUGUCUUUUAUUUACACACCUGAUGCCUUUUAAAAUCCUAAACCUCCAAUUUGUAUUAAUGUUAAGAUUUUUAUGUUGUAGUUUUAGUGUCAAGAAGGUUUGACGUUGCCUUUUGAUCAUUUGGCAUAUCCUCGCAAAAUUGUUCUGAACUUGUGUCAUUGUGUUUACGAGUCUUAUUCUCAAUUUGAAAACGACGAUAACCUUCAGCAUCAAGCCUUCUUAAUAUAAUAGUAUUUUGUAAAUCUUAGUAAUAAAAUACAGUUUCAAUCUUUUGUUCUCUUGUUUUU